GAGUAUGCGCUCGGGGCUGGGGCGGGAGGGGCAGCUCCUCAUUCCACCUCCAGGAAGUCGAACUGGAGGAAGGAGGGCAAACUCAGGGAGGCGGGGCUCGUGCCACAGGGACACCACGACGGCUCGCGGCCCCCAGCCUCUACCCCGCUCCGGAUCCGGGAUCUGAGCGCCGGCCGCGGUGCCCGGCCACUCCCUUGGCGGGCGGGAUGGCAGACCCCGGCCCAGAUCCCGAAUCUGAAUCGGAAUCGGUGUUCCCGCGGGAGGUCGGGCUCUUUGCAGACUCUUACCCGGAGAAGAGCCAAUUCUGUUUCUGUGGGCAUGUGCUGACCAUCACCCAGAACUUUGGGUCCCGCCUCGGGGUGGCGGCGCGCGUGUGGGACGCGGCCCUGAGCCUGUGCAAUUAUUUCGAGAGUCAAAAUGUGGAUUUCCGAGGCAAGAAGGUGAUCGAACUGGGUGCGGGGACAGGCAUCGUGGGGAUCUUGGCAGCGCUGCAGGGAGCUUAUGGUCUAGUGAGGGAGACAGAGGACGAUGUCACAGAACAAGAACUCUGGCGAGGUAUGCGUGGAGCCUGUGGACAUGCUCUAUCCAUGUCUACCAUGACUCCCUAGGAGUCCAUCAAGGGAAGCUCUGUCAGAUGAGGAGGAGGUGAACAGUGUGAACACAGCAGCCUCAGAAACGGUGGAGGGUGCCGGCUGGGCUCGGUGGCUCAUGUCUAUAAUCCCAGCACUUUGGGAGGCCGAGGCAGGCGGAUUACCUGAGGUCAGGAGUUCGAGACCAGCCUGACCAACAUGGAGAAACCCCGCCUCUACUAAAAAUACAAAAUUAGCCGGGUGUGGUGGCACAUGCCUGUAAUCCCAGCUGCUUGGGAGGCUGAGACAGGAGAAUUGCUUGAACCCAGGAGGCGGAGGUUGCAGUGAGCCAAGAUUGUGCCGUUGCACUCCAGCAUGGGCAACAAGGGUGAAACUCCAUCUCAAAAAAAAAAAAAAAAAGAAAAGAAACAGUGGAGGGUGCCAACAGCAGUUUUUGCAUGAAGCAUGGGUGGAUGCAGGCAGUUAUGCUAAAAAGGGGAGAAAAGGCAUGCGGUAUGGAUGGGAACACCUAGCUUCACUUGCUUCCAGACUGGCUUCUCCUUUGCCUCCUAUUUAGCUGUCAAGUCAGAAAGCUAGAUGUCAUCUUGUCCCUCUCUCCCCUCACAUUCCAGCAAUCACCCAGUCCUAUGAGUUAAAUGUUCCUUUUUUUUUUUUUUUUUUUUUCCUUUUUGAGACAGAGUCUCACUCUGUCACCCAAGCUGCAAUGCAGUGGCAUGAUCUCGGCCCACCGCAACAUCCGCCUCCCGGGUUCAAGCGAUUCUCCUGCCUCAGCCUCCCGAGUAGCUGGGAUUACAGAUGUGUGCCACCAUGCCUCACUAAUUUUUGUAUUUUUAGUAGAGACAGAGUUUUGCCACGUUGGCCAGGCUGGUCAUGAACUCCUGGCCUCAAGUGAUCCGGCCAGGACUUCCAGUUGUCUGGGGAAGUAUUAUCUUUUCAUCAUCUCUAGUUCAGGCCACUGGCAUCUCUUGCCUGGAUUUUCACAAGAGCCUUCAAGCUUCUUCUGGGGAAAUGUGACAUACCCAACUAGAUCUUGUGACCUUCCCCCACCAAACAUAUUUCUCCAUCAGACUUCCCUAUCUCAGUGAAUCAAAUCACUGUGCACCCAGUGGGAAGCCUAGACAUCACCAUUGACACGACCCUCUUUCUCACCCACAUGUCCAUUAUUCAGUUUAUCUCCUAAAAAUCUCAAAUCUUCUCACGUUUUUCCAUCUCUACUGACAGCUCUCCAGUCCAAACCACCACAAUCACAUGCCUGGACUACUACAACAGCCACACUUGUCUUCCUGCUUUGACUCCUUGUCCUCACCUAGACCUCUGCCCUUCCACCCGGUGGUCAGAGUGAUCUUUUCAAAAUAAAACUGUAAUCGUGUAUUCCAGCCCCAAAUCUUUCAGUGGCUUCUUGUUGCUUUCAGGAUAGAACCAACACCUAUGGCAUGGCCUCCAAGGUCCUGCCUCCCUCUUUCUGUGCCUCUUUCUCUCUUGUUUUUCUAGGGCUGCCUAUUGCCUGUCCAUCAGUUCCUCAAACCUACUCUGAUGUUCCCCUCCUUGGGGACUUCACUCAGGCUUACUUUCUGUCUGAAACUUUUUACCAUCUGCUUAAUGCGUAUGCAUCCCUCCUUCCUCAGCUCAAAUGUUACUUCGAAGGGAAGGCCUCCUUGGCACUCCCACUCCUAGGCUAACUUAGACCCUCCCAGUACAUACACAACUGUGCUAACUGGGCUAAUUUUAACUUUGUUACCAUUGGCCUUAGGUGGGUCCUAAGUGCUUCCCAGCUAGCCUGGUACAUUCUCUUGUCCACUUUUUCUGCCACUCUACUGAACAACUGUUUCUUACCUUCUUAUUCCUCAAACCUCCAAAUGCCUCCUCUGCCAUCUUCACCCUCACCUGAUGACUUUGUUUCCUAUCGAUUUUAUUUUAUUUUAUUUUAUUUUUUGAGAUGGAGUCUCACUCUGUUGCCCAGGCUGGACUGCAGUAGUGCGACCUUGGUUCACUGCAACCUCUGCCUCCCAGGUUCAAGCGAUUCUCCUGUCUCAGCCUCCCAAGUAGCUGGGAUUACAGGCACGCACCACCAUGCCUGGCUAAUUUUUGUAUUUUUAGUAGAGAUGGGGUUUCACCAUGUUGGCCAGGCUGGUCACGAACUCCUGACCUCAGGUGAUCCACCUGCCUUGGCCUCUCAAGGUGCUGGGAUUACAAAUGUGAGCCACUGUGCCUGGGCUGUUUCUUAUCUGUAAUGAUUGCUUCUGUUUUCUCAGAAAAUGUCCACAUAUUCCUAUCACAACAUCUACUUAUGUAACUGCAUCUGCAUCUGUGUGCAGUGCCUUCUCUCCUGUUACCAUGGAUGAACACAUUGUGCUAGCUAAGGUCAAGCCCCUCACUUGUCACAAGACCCCAAAUCUUUCUGCCUACUCAAAGACAUUGUUCCAGCAACACCCACCCCCAUCUCUCCUGCAUUCUCAGUUUUUCCUUUUCUUUGGAUCAUUCCAUAUAUAGCAAUAUAUGGAAUAUAAAAUGCAUAUAAAUAUGCUAUGAUUUCUCCUAUUUCAGAAAAAAACUCUUGAUCCUACAUCUCCCUCCAGCUAUCACUCCAUUUCUGUGCUCCACUUUAAAAUAAAACUCCUCAAAAGAGUUAAUAUUCAGUGUCUAGUUCCUCUCCUUCUAUUCUUUCCUUCAAUCCAAUUGUUCUAGUUAAGGUUGUGAGCUUCAUUUCCAACUCCAGGUUGUUAAACGCAGGAGUCAGUUAUCAGCCUACCUUUGAUGACUUUGCAUUUGAUGCUGACACUCCCUCCUCCUUGGAACAAUUCCUGUGGUUUCCAGGGGACCACACUUCUGGUUUCUGCUUACCUGGCAGGCACUCCCUUUCCAUACUCUCUUAUUGGUUCUUUUUCAUCUUCACAACUGAAAAUGUGAGUGCUCCAGGGCUCAGGGGCAGUCCUUUGAUCCUCUCCUUUUCUUGUCUACCUCACUCCUGAGCAGCCCAUCACCUCAUGCCUUUAAAUGCCCUGUUGAAGCCGGGCGUGGUGGCUCACGCCUGUAAUGCCAGCACUUUGGGAGGCUAAGGUGGGUGGAUCACCUGAGGUCAGGAGUUUGAGACUAGCCUGACCAACAUGGUGAAACCCGAUCUCUACUAAAAAUACAAAAUUAGCCGGGCAUGGUGGCAGGCACCUGUAAUCCCAGCUACUUUCGAGGCUGAGGCAGGAGAAUCGCUUAAACCCAGGAGGUGGAGGUUGCAAUGAGCUGAGAUCGUGCCAUUGUACUCCAGCCUAGGCAACAAGUGCGAGACUCUGUCUCAAAAAAAAAAAAAAAAAAAGGCCGGGCGCGGUGGCUCACGCUUGUAAUCCCAGCACUUUGGGAGGCCAAGGCGGGCGGAUCACGAGGUCAGGAGAUCGAGACCACGGUGAAACCCCGUCUCUACUAAAAAUACAAAAAAUUAGCCGGGCGUGGUGGCGGGCGCCUGCCUGUAGUCCCAGCUACUCGGAGAGGCUGAGGCAGGAGAAUGGCGUGAACCCGGGAGGCGGAGGUUGCAGUGAGCCGAGAUCGCGCCACUGCACUCCAGCCUGGGUGACAGAGCGAGACUCCGUCUCAAAAAAAAAAAAAAAAAAAAAAAAAAAAAUGCCCUGUUGGUGAUCAUGACUCUAAGACUAUCCCAUUUCUAUCUCCAGACUUGCUUGCAUAACCUAGUGCCUACUCAGUAUCUUCAUGUGGUUGUCUGAUGUGAUAUAGAUGUCCAUGUCAAACUUAAUGUGCUCAGAAAAUGAACUCAUGAUCUCCUGUCCAAAUUGCGCCUCCUGCAACCUUUCUCAUCUAAAUGAGUGGCAAUUUGGUCUUCUAGUUGGUCAGGCCAAAUACCCAGAAACCAUCCUGAGCUUUUUUUUUUUUUUGAGACAGGUUCUCGCUCUGUUGCCUAGGCUGGAGUGAAAGUAGCACAAUCAUGCUCACUAAAUCCCUGAACUUUCAACCUUCCAAGGCUCAAGCGAUCCUCCCACCUCAGCCUCCCGAGUAGCUGGGACUACAGGAAGUGCCACCACACCCAGCUAAUUUUUGUAUUUUUUGUAGAGACGAGGUUUUGCUAUGUUGCCCGGACUGGUCUCAAACUCCUGGACCCCAGCGAUCAUCCCGCAUUGGCCUCCCAAAGUGUAAUCCAAAGGGAUUACAGUCGUGAGCCACUGUGCCUGGCCCAUCCCAAGCUUUUCUCUCUCUCUCAUAUUUUAUAUCCAAUCUAUUGGCAAAUCCUGUUGACUCUACCUUCAAAAUAUAUCAGGAUCUGACCAUUUCUUAGCCAUUGCUACUGCCCUGGUUUAAACCAUCAUCAUCUCUCACCUGAGUCAUUGCCAUCACCUCCUAACUGGUCUCCUAGCUUCUGACCUUGCCCUCCUAUACUCUUCUCAUCAUAGCAGCCAGCAUGCUUCUCCUAAAGCGUGCCAGCAUGUGCCAUUCUUUUUUUUUUGAGACGAAGUCUCGCACUUGUUGCCCAGGCUGGAGUGCAAUGGCACGAUCUCGCCUCAUUGCAACCUCCGCCUCCUGGGUUCAAGCGAUUCUCCUGCCUCAGCCCCCCAAGUAGCUGGGAUUACAGGUGCCCGCCACCACACCCAGCUAAUUUUUGUAUUUUUAGUAGACACGAGGUUUCACCAUUUUGGUCAGGCUGGUCUGACCACUUAAUUUAAAAUUUCAUUCUCCAGCCACUCAAUUUAAAAUUACAUUCAGGCUGCCAAGACUUUGUCCUCUAUGCCUUGAGGUCUCUGGACCUUCCAGGUAGAAGCCGAAAACCGUUGGUCCCUCUAACUUGUAUUUCUCCCCAUCCCUCAAGCAAUUCUUAUCCCCCUUCCCUGCUUGGGGCUUCACCAUGGCAUAUAUUACCAUCUGGUGUACAGUGUAUUUUAUUUUAUUUAUUUUGUUUGUUGUUAUCAUCUGUUUCUUGCCACUGGACCAUGAGCUCAGUGAGUGGGGAUUCUUAUCUUCUUGGUUCAUCAUUAUGUUCUCAGCACGUGGCAUAUAGGCACAUAAUAAAUAUGAAUGAAUGAAUGGAUUCCUAGUACUUCUUGCUUCUCUUUCCAUCAUAGUCAUCAUGAUUAUGAUGCAGUACCUAGUGUGUCUCUACCUCUAGAAUGAAACAAAGAAAGCUGUGUUUUUGUCUUGCUCGCCUUAUAUACUCAGCACUUAGUAGGUGCUCCAAAUUAUAUGUACUGCAUGAAUGAAGGUUUCUGAGAUGCUAAUCUGACCAUCUUCACCCCUGUUUCUGCCCUUAAAGCAUACUGCCCUCAGUAUCAAACCUGAAUCUCCUUAGCAUGUCAUAAUCACUUUCCCUUUGUCUUAUGUCUUGACACUUUUCUCCCCCUUCCACAUCCUCUAAGAUCCAGCCUUUCUUGAAUAUGCCAUGCUCUCUCACUCCCAGGCCUUUGUGCUUACUGUUGUUUUCUUGGAAAGCUCCACCUGACUAACUCCUACUUGUCCUUUAGGGCUCAGCUGAAGUCACAUUUUCUGGGAAGCUUUCCAGACCCUUAAGGCGAGCUUGUGUCAGUGGGGGUGGGUACAGAACCCAUCUCCAGCUUAGUCCUGCCCAGGCUUCUGCUGACAUCUGAUUGUUGUGUGUUGGCCAGAGAGUUGAAGAUUAGCUCAGAGAGAAUGUUGAUGUUGUAGAAUGUAGAGUAAUGAGAAUAGCAGUGGGUGAAGUGGAGGUUGAGGCAAUUAAAAGCCAGUAUGGGCUCCAGGCUGUCAAGACAUUGUUCUCUAUGCUCUGAGGUCUCUGGACCUUCCAGGCAGGAGCCAAGAACGCCUGGUUGGUCCUUCUGACUUGCAUUUUUCCUCCUUCCUCUCUCUCAGGGGGGGAUGUUACCAUCACUGACCUGCCCCUGGCCCUAGAACAGAUCCAGGGCAACGUCCAGGCCAAUGUGCCAGCUGGAGGCCAGGCCCAGGUGCGUGCCUUGUCCUGGGGGAUUGACCAUCAU